AUGUUUAGAAAUAACUAUGACAAUGACUCCGUUACUUUUUCGCCCCAAGGCCGGAUAUUUCAGGUUGAAUAUGCACAGGAGGCUGUCAAGCAAGGCUCGGUGGUAGUCGGCAUAGUCAGCAAGACACACGCUGUCCUGGCCGCUCUCAAGCGAAAUGCGGAGGAGCUGUCGUCAUACCAAAAGAAGGUCAUUGCAGUUGAUUCCCACAUGGGAAUUGCGAUCGCUGGUCUUGCCUCUGAUGCCCGUGUGCUAUCGAACUUUAUGAAACAACAAUCCCUGGCUUCGAAGAUGACAUACGGCCGCCCUCUCCAAGUAGAACGUAUCGUCAGCCGAAUUGGAGACCGUGCCCAAACAAACACACAGGUUUAUGGAAAGAGACCAUAUGGCGUCGGUUUACUGAUUGCAGGUGUGGAUGAAGCCGGGCCUCACCUGUUCGAGUUCCAGCCCUCCGGCAUGACGCAGGAGAUGGUUGCCUGCGCAAUUGGAGCUAGAAGCCAAAUGGCUAGAACGUACCUAGAGCGGAACUUGGAUUCGUUUGCCGACUGUGGCCGUGAGGCUUUGAUCAACCAUGCGCUGAAGGCUCUGAAGGAGAGUUUGUCACAGGACCGAGAAUUGACAAUCGACAAUACAACUGUGGGUGUUACUGGUGUUCCAAGUGCGGCCACCAACGGAAAGAUCGAUACUUUUAAGUUAUACGAUGGACCAGACGUGACGGCUUUCCUCGAGAGUGCAAAUGAAGAGACGGCAUCGAGCGAGACCAAGCCGUCAGAGGACAUGGAGGUGGAUUCGUGA